GUCUAGAGUUCAUCUUGCCGACGCCGAAGGACAUCUUGCCCGUGUUCUGUAAUCUUGAAAGGGAUACUCCCAGUUUCGAAAGCUUUAUUGCAGAUAUUCUGCCAAAAAAUCAGAUACACUAGCUGGGAGUAACGCUAGGGAGAAAACAAGAAGAAGCUGCCAAAGUCAAUUGUCCAGGACACGAAGGAAGGCAUCAUGUUACGCUUCAUACCCUUGUUGGCUCUAAUGGGUGUAGGUGCGGCUUUUGCAGACUGUGAUAAGGCACUGAUUCCUGAACUUAUGUUUCGUCUGGGCGGAAACAAUCUACAAUGGCCAUGUCAGUCAACGAAAAAUAUUUACACAAAUGCCGGACGUUAUAUUCCUCGGAACAUUAUUAUAACCCGUGGACAGAUAUUCAGAGAUGAUGCGUUCUUGGCGUUGCCCCGGUACAAGCCUGGGGUGCCCUUCACUUUGGGCAGAGUCUCACUGAAACGAGGAGAAUGCUUUGUUUCUGUGGCACCGUAUCCUUGCUGGUCCAUUCAGGAGGAAGGGAUGUGUGAUGCCAUGCAAAAUGUUGUGGAUGUCGUUGUUGAUAAAAAUGAAAUCUUAUGGGCUCUUGACGUUGGUUUGGUAAACACAUUAGAGCAACCCAUUAGGAGGUGUCCUCCCAAAGUGUUGGCCUUCAAUAUCAAAACAGGCAAACUUGUUAAGUCCAUCGAUUUGUCUUCUAUUGUGACAGCGGAAUCACGCUUGCAGUAUCUUCUGGUCGAUUUUGAUCCUACCGGAAAUGCUUUCCUCUACAUCGCCGAUGCAGGAACCCGAUCGAUUGUUGUGCAUAAUGUUUUGUUGGGUACAACCGUUCGUGUGGUACUACCAGGAGCAGUGGCAUCUGCGACUACCACAAACGAUGUCCUUUACACUGCUUUAGUGACAAAGUCCUGCGGAACAGUUGUCCUGUACUUCACAUACUUGGGAUCUUCAAGACUGUUCUCAAUUAAGGCCGAUCAUCUUCGUCUGGGCAACGGAUCCGGGGCUGUUGUCGAUGUAGGAGAAAAGCCCGAUGGAAAGGAAAUAGUCAUUUUGGGAACAGAUAAUGGAGCAUCAUUAUUUGUACGUUACAAGGGUGAGAGCGACAUUUAUAUGUGGAACACAGAGACUUGCUUCACAGCAGCCAAUUUCUUGGAAGUUCAACAUGGAGGCGAAUGCCGUCUAGCAACACAGGUAAUCCCAGGUCACAAGCGCUUCAUGUGGGCACUUGAAAGUAAUUUCCAUGAUUUUAUUGCAAACACGGCUGGCUGUAAUGGAGCAUCGAUACGGCUGCAUCCUGUGGCAAAAGAAUGCGACGACCAAUGAAUGACAACCAAGGAUGUCUGAGUUAAGCGCAGUCAAUCGCUUGCUCUUCCUCGUUUAGAUUUUAUGAUCCCGACCUGAA